CUGUGCGGCCUGUGCUGUUAUAUUGGAUGUCCGCCCAUCCCCGAAAGCAUCGCUCGGAAGUUGGCAUUUCACCCACCGAAAAAAGGCGUAUCGUACACUGUACAUCUUGUAUCGGAUCCUAACAAGAACAUCAAAGGAGCGAAUGAGCUGGAAGGGCGCGAAUUCGUCAUAACACCGACUCCUUUAGAAAUGACUACGGUAUUCGACUACGAGAGAUUGUUGACACGGAUCAAGGACUCGGGUGAUUGGAGACCUGCAAUGUUGGGCUACGACAGACCACUAGAUGAGCACAGCUUCGGCUUAGAAAAUGUAAGUCAAAUGCUGCUGCUUUUGCUGGUACUAGAGACUGGCUGCGUUUUAAUGGGAACUUUGUAA